AUGCCCUCUACGCAGACCAUGGAGCCUAUAAACCCAGAUAAAAGCUCUCUUGGGGUCACUCUUCGAGAAACAAAUGGACCCUCAAGCCCAACCAAAACCUGCUCUCCUUCCUUUAAGUACUUAGCAUUCAUGCUUCGGACCAUGAAUCUGCAAUUGACACUUUUACCUGCGAGCCAGAUCAGUGCCUUCUCUGUGGUGGUAGAAAUGAGAAAGGUUAACUAUACAUCGGCGGCGAUUUUGGGUAAACAUGUAGUCGAUUUGUUCGAAAAACUUGAGAAAAGUUCGCUUGUGCGCUGCCCGGACAUCGUCGCUCAGAUCCAUUGCAAAUUCCUCGUCGCAGCUUCAACGCAGCCUCUCCGCCUGCCGGCGAGCCUGACUUUUUCUGGGCGUAGGUUUUACGGAUUUGGCGGGAAAUGGAACAGGGAUAGCAUUUUGGCGGGGAAGAGAAUGGUCGUCGGUUGGGUUGGGUCGGGAGAUUGCAGGCCCAAUUUAGUACUUCAAUUGUUAGCCCAAUAG